UCCACCCAGAUAAGCAACCCGGCACCCCCUCGCCUCCACUAGAGCAGGCCCCCCACUCAGUGACUGGCGGGAGCUUCUCCCCAGAGAGAAAUUCUGGAUUUCCUUACAAGCAUGGACUCUUCUCAGCGAGGAUCCGUGGAGUCCAGGGACUGAGCUAGGAGGGAAACUUGCAGGGAGAAGCCUCCGUCUUCCCCCCAGGCCUCCAACCGGCACCUAGCCCCAAGCUUCCAGGCAGCCCGGGUCACCAUGCCGCUUGGGAAGGCUUGGAAAAAGAAGACAGAAGACAUCACCAGCGUCUACCACAUCAAGGAGAAGCUUGGGGCGGGGGCUUUCUCUGAAGUGGUGCUGGCCCAGGAGCGCAACUCUAAGCGGCUGGUGGCCCUCAAAUGCAUCCCUAAGAAGGCUCUGAGGGGCAAGGAGGCGGCUGUGGAGAACGAGAUUGCUGUCCUGAAGAAGGUCAAGCACAAGAACAUUGUGGCCCUAGAGGACAUCUAUGAGAGCCCCACCCACCUGUACCUGGCCAUGGAGCUCGUGACCGGCGGGGAGCUGUUUGACCGCAUCAUCGAGCGGGGUUACUACACGGAGAAGGAUGCCAGCCAGCUGAUCCGCCAGGUCCUGGAUGCUGUCUCCUACCUGCACGAGCUGGGCAUUGUGCAUCGAGACCUCAAGCCGGAGAACCUGCUGUACGCCACCCCCUUUGAGGACUCCAAGAUCAUGAUCACUGACUUUGGCCUUUCCAAGAUUGAGGAUGGCAGUGUUAUGGCCACGGCCUGCGGCACCCCUGGAUAUGUUGCCCCAGAACUCCUGGAACAGAAGCCUUAUGGGAAGGCAGUGGACGUAUGGGCACUGGGCGUUAUCUCCUACAUCUUGCUCUGUGGGUACCCUCCCUUCUACGAUGAGAACGACUCAGAGCUCUUCAGCCAGAUCCUGAAAGCCGAGUAUGAGUUUGAUGCUCCUUAUUGGGAUGACAUCUCCGAGUCGGCCAAAGACUUCAUCCGCCAUCUGCUGGAGAGGGACCCUGAGAAGAGGUUUACUUGUGAGCAAGCCCUGCAGCACCCCUGGAUCUCCGGGGACACGGCUCUGGACAAGGACAUUCAUGGCUCAGUCAGCGAGCAGAUCCAGAAGAACUUUGCUCGGAGCCAGUGGAAGAGAGCGUUCAAUGCCACGUCCUUCCUGCGGCACAUCACCAAGAUGGGGCACAGCGCCGAGGGCGAGGAACUAGCGGCUGAGGCCGCACCCCCAGAGUAGCCUGGGAAGGGGGACGGCUGAGGUGAGAUUCCCGGUGUCUGCAGUCUCCACAUCCAUCGGAUGGGCCAGUGCUGGAGAACUCGACUCCGCCCACCCUCUCUGUCCUUGCAUGAGCUCUUGGUGACACCUGUCUGCAUGCAAUGUGCAGCCAUCAGCAGCCAUCAGCAGCCAUCCUUCCUGUCCCUCCCCGCCCCCUCCCACCCCUCCUUCCAUCCGGCCAUCUCUCUCUCAGUCGAUCCCCUCUCCCGCCAGGGGCCGGCCCCGCGUCCCUUCCGCUGUCACCUCCCAGCCCCCCGGGACUUUAGCCGGGUUCGUGCCCGGGCCCAGGCCUGGGGAGCAGUGACGGCCAGGCAGCCCGAGCCAGGCUGCUAAGGGAUGGGAAGGGCAAGAGAGAUUCUUGGGUCCGGGAAGGUGGCAAGAGCCAGAGGAAAGGGGCCCUGCUGCCCAGGGGAAUCUGAAUGGUGCCCUGUGCCCGCCCAAUCUGGACGGACCCGGUGUAUGGGGUCAGAACUUGGUGUCCUCAAGCUCUGAGUCUGGUCCUCCCCAUGUUCUUCCCCCCUCCCCUUCUCCAGCAGGGGUGGCCCACCUGGGCAUGGCGGGAGGGCUGGGGGUGCUAUUCCACCCUCCUGCUCACCCAGGGAGGAAAGGAGCUGGAGAGGGUUGCCCUGGCAGGCGGGGUCCUCUGGGCUGGACACCCAGAGCUGUGUGGGAGGUGCCAAGGAAUGAGACAGCUGGCCAGGUCAAGGGCCAGGGGCUGAAAGCUUAGGCUAGAACCUAGCCCAGGCCUGCUGGGCCCGGCUCUGACGGGGAGGACUCGGCCUGGCCAGGCCCUGAGGAGGCUCCAAGGAGGAGCAGGAGCUGAGGGAGCCAGAGGGAGCCAGAAGGAACCAGAGACAGCCAAGGUAGCCAGGGAGACUGACUGCAGGCCUGAGGGAGACAGGUGGGAACUGAGAGCCGACUGGGCUAUAGAGUAGCGAGCGGAGGGCUGUGGGCUGGAGAGGGGAUGCUGGGAAGGGGAAUCUGGCCUGGAGGCUUCUGCCUUUCACUUCCUCCUCUCCUGCCCCAAAUAUUCUCCCUUUGCCCUCCCUCCCUGUCCACGUUGACCCCAGCGGAAGCCUUCCUGGACACAAUUUCCCUUACCCUGGGAUGAGUCACAAACCCUCGGGCCUGAGGGCUCCUACGGAGCCUCUGAAACAGGAGGAGAGGUUGGUUGGGGUAGAGGGCUCCCUGACCCUCCGGGCCCCAUCUAUUUCCCAAUCAGGGCCAAAGGAAGAAGAAAGACCGCAAAGGAGACCACCCUAGUGGAAUCGGGAGGGGUGGGGAGUGACUGGGGCCCUGGAGUGGGGCUCUCUUCACUGUGCGACAGUGUCCAUAUGCUUGUGAUGUCAUGCGGGCCUGGAAUGCUUUAUCGUGAUGUGGAAUCUUCUUUUCUUGGGAGAGUUUCAAAAUCAAAAAUUGCAAGAGAAGCCUGUUCUGUGUCUGUGACCCGUCGAUGUUAACUUCCCCCUCCUCCCUGCCCCACCACCCUAUUCUUCCUCCCAAGAAUAAAGAUGCACAUAACCCAAUA